AUGAUGCAAACAAGAAAGAUGCCAUCAAAUACAUCGCAAAAUUCGUGUGUGCUUAUUGAACAGAGCCAGUCGAAUGACUGUCAUAUAGUAUGGCUUGAUAAAAAUAUGAAUAAACAUGAUAAUCAACGAACAUUAAAAAAAUUAAUUGAACUUGACCCGAACAUAGAAUCGUUUACAUCUACAGAAGGUUUUAUCACUUAUAUUCGAAAACAAAAUGCUGAACACACAACGCUUCACAUUAUAUUUAUUGUAUCGCGCUCUCUUAUUGGAGAAAUAAUAUCGGUUGUAGAAAACUACAGAUCUAUUAUUGGAAUUUUUAUUUUUUGUAAAAGCCUUGAAAAUUUGGAGCAUUUUCAAUGUGAUAAAAUUCAAGAAAUCUGUACAGAUGGCGACGAAUUGAUGAACUCUAUUGAUAUGUUUCUAUUAAGAUAUCAUACAACAACAGAUUUCAGUAUAUUGCCCGAUCAAAUUGGAACUCAUUCAGACUCACUAUCAUCAGAUUAUGUAAUCAACAAUCCAGAGCCAAUUUUAACCUUAAAAGAAGAUCAAGCAAGAUUUCUGUGGUUCAAUCGAAUGCAUCAGUUUAUGGUUACACUAGAAAAUGAAGACGAUGAAAUCGCUAAACAAGAAAUGAUCCGACUAAGUCGUCAACAAUUUAAAGGAAAAAGUUACCUAUUAUCUAAAAUAGACGAAUUCAAUAGUCAACUAUUGAUUGAAGAUAAAGAAAGAGCUAUUUUUUCUUAUACCGAAAAUUCAUUUAUCUAUCAAUGCGUUAAUACAGCCUUAAGAAAAGAAAAUGUGUCACAAGUUUAUUCCUAUCGUUAUAUUAUCAAGUUAAUUUGUCGUCAGUUGAAAGAGCAACAUGUGAAAUUUGUUGAAAAGUAUAAUAAAAAGCAAAAGUCAAGAUUUCUUCGUCUCUAUCGGGGUCAAUGCUUGAAAUUUGGAGAUCUUCAACGACUGACAGCAAAUAUCAAGAAUCUAAUAUCUCUUAAUGGAUUCAUAUCAACCACAACGAACAAAGAUGUUGCACUAGUAUUUCUUGAACAAAAUCUUCAGAAAGAUAUGGAACGAGUUCUGAUGAGAAUCAGUAUUGAUAUGACAAUUGAGCAUUCUGUAGCAUUUGCUGAUAUUAGGAAUUUCAGUAAAUAUCGAUCUGAAAAAGAAGUUCUUCUUUCUAUUGGAUCUAUAUUUCGUGUCGAAUCGGUAGACUUUGACGAUGAAUUAGAAGUAUAUGUAGUUCAUCUUUCAUUAAUUCCUAGUGAUUCAUUGACAGUUAUUAAAUAUCUUGAACAAACAUAUGCGAGUAACGUUGAUUUAGAAGAUCAAUCGGUUCUCUUUGGAAAACUACUUUUUGAAAUGGGAGAAUAUGAGUCAGCUGUUCAAUAUUUCUUAGAUGGACUUGAUCGUAUAGACGACGAUAAUAUUAGAAUUCGAGCAGCUUAUUUAAAUAAUAUUGGCGUAUGUUAUAAUCAACUGCAAAAGCAAGAACUGGCAUUAGAUCAUUAUACAGAAGCACUUCAAAUGUAUGAAAGAACAAAUAAUAUUCGUGGCUUGGGUGCGUGUCAACACAAUAUAGCAAGUAUUUAUAGAAGUCAAAAAGACUAUUCGAGAGCCGAACAAUGGGCACUGAAAGCGUUCCGUAAUCGGCCAAAUAAAGUAGAUAAAGCCUCAACUGUUGAUCUUCUUGGUUGUAUAUAUUUAAAUUCUAAUAAUUAUGAAGCUGCAGAAGAUCAUUUUAAACGCGGUCUAAAAUUACGUGUAAAAUACUUCAAAGAAAUCAAUCAUCAUCAUCCUGAUAUAGGUGUAAGCUAUCACAAUUUGGGUAAAGCAAAUGAAAAGCAAUUCAAAUAUAGAGAAGCUCAAGAAAACUGUUCAAAAGCUGCGGAAAUCUAUGCUCAUAAUUUUCCAUCAACGCAUCCAUUAGUACUAGAGAUUGAUGAAUAUUUAAAUCAAAUUCAAAAGAAUUGUAGACAUUAG